AUGCAUACUCUGAAGGACCUCGUGGAUAAUUUUGUUCAGAACCUUAUCCAAGGCACUGAUCAAUUUGAUGUUCAGAGGUUACAGCAGCUUCACGGGUUGUUCGCAACAAUCACAAAAGAUCAGAUGAAGAGCUUUAAGCUUUCGGCGCUUCAACAGAGACAGAACGAGGCAAAGCGAAAUCACCCAACAAAAUCGCCCAAUGACACCCUCUACCAGAGUUUACUGUGGUGUCUUAUCUUUCAAGCCAGUAUAGACAUGUUAUCGAAUUCUUCAUCAAUUUGUAGCUCUUCGAACCUAUUAGAACGUGCUUGGGAGUAUGUUGAGAAUUUGAGGAAGCUAUUCCAUCCAUUCAUUAAACACAAUGCCGGUGGUGCUGAUUAUGGCAAGAAAAGCAGGAUUGCUAAUGUGAAUUUAAAUCAAUCCAAUUCGACAGGAGGUGAGCGUUCAGGAGAUCGAGUCCACCGCCAACCUCAUAUUCCCGAGCCUGUGUCUAGCGACGAGAGUUUGGUAAUCACAUCUCCCAUAAUUCCUGCCAAUAGAAAAUCACGUUCAUUCGGACAAAAUCGACACGGCGUCCACGAAAUCGGUGACACUUCGCCUCCACGCAACACCAAAUCGUCGAAACUGCCAAGCACUCCAUACGUCCAAAUGAGUCACAGUGGAAGUGUCAGCUCACGAGACGCUUGGGUCAGUACUGAUAGCCCAUUGCAAAUUCCCUCUGAGCGAUGUUUUAUCGAAUCAAACAGGGUCUCGGUUGAAGUUCAAACUCUUCCAGAAAUGGUUGACAGGUCAACUCAGUUCUCACCUUCUCCAAGUGAAGAGACCCCAUCAAGAAUACCGCAACAGCCUCAACUACUGGAUAUUUUAAAUCAAUAUAAAACUGCCAAGCGACAACUGGCAACUGAAGCAACCAAGUAUCUUGCGAUGUUUAAGCAAUGUCACAACUUACAGAACAAAUUGAGGUUGUUUCAAAAGAGUGUGAGUCAACAGGCACCAGAUUAUCAGCAAUCAACUCCUGUUUAUACAAAAAAAUGCGCCAAACGGUUAGUUGCGGAGAAGGACUGCGCUCACCACCGCAUGCAGAAGCAUUCACCUGUGGAACGAUAUCUUCUCACAGCUGCGGAGAAUGUCGGACCGUUCCCUCCUGUAACCCAGUGUCUUCCCAAGGUCGUUUACGAGUCAUCCAGCUUGCAAGCGGCAAAAGUGCACUCGGAGGUGGUGUGUAUGACCACCAUAGAGAUGCCCCUUCUGUCUCUCGUUGACCUCCAGUGCUUUGUUGAUCAGGCCGGAGAGACGUACACUAAAAAACUGACAACCAAAGAUAGGAUUGUCAGGGCGUUUCCCUACAAAUGUCGAGGCCUACUUAAAACGAAGUGA